CUGCUACUUCCUCUAAUCAGUAUUUGCUUGGUGACGAGUGCACCUGCAAGUGAUCGUGUGGUCAAUCUACCAUCUUUGGAGUUCUCGCCUAAUUUCUCCAGUUACUCAGGCUACCUUGAGGCGUCAACUAGCGACCAGUUCCAUUAUUGGCUUACCGAAUCUCAGCGGAAUCCGUCAGCUGAUCCUUUGAUAUUGUGGCUGAAUGGUGGACCAGGCUGCUCUUCUUUGGGAGGUCUGUUCGAAGAGCUUGGUCCGUUCAGAGUGAAGGAUUAUGGAGCAACAGUUUAUCUCAAUGAGUACUCAUGGAAUUUGUUUGCCAACGUACUCUUCCUCGAAUCACCCUCUGGAGUCGGAUGGUCGUUUAAUACCAAUGGCAAGCUAAACACCACUGAUGAUGAGGUCUCUCAGCAUAAUUACCAAACGCUUAUAGAUUUCCUGCGGAAAUUUCCCGAGUAUCAUGGAAGAGAUACAUUUAUCACGGGAGAGUCGUAUGCUGGAGUUUACAUCCCGACACUCGCUGUUAAAAUUCUCGAAGAUAAAGUGAAUUUUCCAAAUUUCAAGGGUAUAGCCAUCGGAAAUGGUGCGCUGAAUUUUCUCCAUAACUACGAUACGAUGUUUGCGCUUUACUACUAUCAUGGGCUUGUCCGUGACGAGCUUUACCUUAACUUCUCAUCGACAUGUUGCGGAGGUAAUAUUGAGAGUUGUGAUAUCAAGACUAUAUUCAACGACCCCCUCUGCUCUUCACUUGCUCUAGAA